GUUUGUUCAGAAAACUGUGGAACUGGAUCAAAGGAUAUCGCGCACCAUCCCCAUUUUAUGGUAAGGCAGUCGUGGAAGCCGAAUACCUUCGUGUUGAUGUUGUGAAGACUUCAGGUGCGAUCGAAAGCGACGUACACAUGCAGAUCGUACCAAAAGAUGAAGUGUUAUCAAGACCGGCCAAGCCUGGUGGUAUUCCCCUUGAUAUCUCAAUGAUAAUGUUUGAUUCCACAUCUGCAGCUAACUUCCAGAGAAAGAUGCCCCACACUUUGGAGUACUUGAAAAAACAUCUCAAUUCAGUUGUUCUUCAAGGUGAAACAAUUGUGGGAGAUGGUACAACAGCUCAAUUGUGUGCAAUGCUUACUGGUAUAGCUGAAAAGGAACAACCAGAGGCAAGAAGAAGUGAACCAAAUGCUACGACAGUUGAUAACUGGAGGUGGAUUUUUCGAGAUUUAAAGCAGAAAGGAUACGCAACCCUGUUUUCAGAGGACUCGACAGUUUAUGCAGCAUUUAAUUACCGUCUGCAUGGAUUUAAAGAUCCACCCACUGACCAUUUCGCCCGACCAUUGUGGAUGGAGGCAGACAACAUCACACAACGGUUGGUUCAUUGUAUCGGCGGGCGAGCAUUUCAUAACAUGUCCCUUGACUAUCUGGUUGAUUUCUUCCGUGCAUACAAGCAGAAACCCAAGUUCUCUUUCAUGUUGCAUGCUGUUAUAAGUCAUGACGAUCUGAACAAAAUAGGUUAUGUCGAUGAUGAUUUGAAAAGAACACUACAAACUUUAGAAAGAGAGUCUUUUCUGGAGAAUACUAUUUUGAUUAUUUUUGGCGAUCAUGGUAUUCGAUAUACUGGGAUAAGGAAGACACUCCAGGGGAAAUUAGAGGAAAGACUUCCAUUUAUGUCCAUGACAGUCCCAAAGUGGUUUACUGAGAAGUAUCCAGAUCUCUACGCGAAUUUGAUCCAUAAUUCCAAAGUACUGACCUCACCGUUUGACGUGUACGCUACUCUGCGUCAUAUCCUGUCGUAUCCCAAGUACCCCAGUGAUAUUAUAACUGGUCAAAGUCUGUUUACUAAAAUUGACAAAGAUAAACGCACAUGCGCAAGUGCUGGAGUUGAGGAGCACUGGUGCCCAUGCUUGAACUUGGAAGAAGUCUCCAUAGAGGAACCAAUCAUAAAGAAAUCAGCCGAAUUUGCAGUUACCUCUAUAAACGAUUUGAUUUUUCAGCACUCCGAGUUGAAAACGCAGUGCCACAAAUUGGUUCUAAAAGAAAUUAAGAGCUCUUUCCGUGACAUGCCAAACGCAGAUAUACAGUUUUUUCAUUCGUCGUACCGCAACGAAAAAUGUGAUUCAUGUGGCUUAAACUAUGGUAAAAAGUCAAUUAAUACUUUAGCCCGCGAUACAAUGUAUCAGCUGCAGUUCGUGACGUCACCUAAUGAAGGCUUCUAUGAAGUAACUGUUCGAAUGAAGAAGGGGGUUCCGUCACUCGCGGGAGAUAUCAGCCGCCUGGACGCUUACGGACAUCAACCUCACUGUGUCCAAGAUAAAUAUCCUCUUUUACGGAAAUACUGUUACUGCUUGAGACAGCGUGCAUGAUGAUAGCUCAGUUUGAAGACUUUUUUUUUUAGCAUGGUUGAUGCGUUUCCAGUGACAGACGUGUACAGUAAUAGUUUAAAAUUCAGUUACUAAAGACAGCUAGAAUUCGUCUUAAUGGCAUGCUUGUGAAGAUUUUCUAUUUAUCGUGGUGGAUACGUUUCCAGUGACAGAAGUGUACAGUAAUGGUAUAAAAUUCAUUACUGAAGACAGACAGAAUUCAUCCUAAUGGCAUGCUAAUAAUACAAAUUUUUGUCUAAUAUAGCUCCUUGUCUAAUAUAGCUCCUUGUCUAAUAUAGCUCCUUGUCUAAUAUAGUUACUUUAUUAGGUAUUUUAAUGAAUAUUCAAGGUAUCCCAAAAGGAUUGACGAAUCCCAGAAUACCCCAGGGUGUUCCUACUGGCAUGUGAUUAUACGCGAUCGUCAGGAAAAUCGCCACGAUCGUCACGAAGAUCGGCGCGAUGUUCGCCAACCGCUUGUCACAUGUUUCCAGGGAUCGCUGCGAUCAUAAUGAAAAUUAGAGCUAACUGACAGAGCUAAAUAACGUAUGCGCAUUCGCUAGGUUUUACGCGGAAAACGGAUUUUUGAGUAGUUUGCAAUUGCAGGGCUGAUUUCUUAUUCUGUUGGUUCGGGGCGUCGUUUUCCUUGCCGCUUUUCUUUUACAGAGCAACCUCCAAAAACCUGGUACAACCCCUAAAAAUUUUUCGAAAACAAAAAAAAAAACCCUCCAUAAAACCCCUGGAAAUAGGAAAAUGCCCUUGACGAAAACAAAGUUCCUCGGCUUUGUAUGUCAGCCCUUAUUAUUUUCCGCUAAUUUAGCUCAAUUUUAGACCUAGAACACUUGAGCCCGCGUUGAUGACCGCAUACCAUCUGACGUAGCAUUUCGUUAUUCAGCCCUGUCGGGCUAACUAAAACGACAAUGAAAACAAACGAAACUUGAAAAAUAGAAACGAAAAUGCGCAGUAGGGUAUAGUAGUUGAGGCCUGUGGGUGAACUCUUACAAGGAGCGAUCAGAUUUUUUUACGAAGAUUUUCAUCCGAAAGCCCACAUAUUUUCGCUGCACCUUUUCAUGGUCGUGUGUUCUAUAUAAAUUGAAAGGACUAACUUCAUUGACUUUUUCAUUUAUUUUUGUAAUAUUGUAGCUCGUAUGAUUAACAUAUACAUUGCAUUAUAGGUAACUCAUCCUUUUGCAAGAAUUCACAUUUAAUUA